AUGUCAGGCACUUAUACCUCUGAAACCUCACUGCUCACUGAUAUCUUCUGGGUGAAUCUGCUGAGUCAGCGAGAUGUCUCAUCCCAAGUCCCAAUCAACUACGUAACGCAACCCGCGAUCGCUCUGACUGCGGCUUGUUUCAACGACCAUUCCUACAAUGGAACAGCAGGCUCUCUGUGCCUGUCGGAACUAUUAACCAUCGGAUACCGUCGUUUUAUUAUCGAUAUAUAUUGGUCAGACGAAAACCAGCAGUGGCUGCUGUGUCCAGUCUCGCUUCCUUCAAGCUCGGCAUCCAGCACUUCUCUGUUUCAUUUGGGAAUUUAUACAUGCACCGGUUCCUUUAAUCUACGCACCCUUACGGAUCUCAUACAUCGAUAUAUACAAGAUUCCAAAGAGAAUGUAGAGACUACAUUUCUUUAUCUAAUCUUUAACCUGCAUGCUGCCGCCGCUAGCGAUACCCCCGACGAGCCCGUGCCAAAUCUAUCAGCAUCAAAUCUUCCUUCCGAGACUUUGCUUUUGGGGUCUCUAGUGAAUCAACAACUCAAGACAUACUUAUAUACUCCGUCCCAGCUAACGCAGGAGCGAAGGAACCUCAAUGCCUCUUGGUAUGCGGACACUUCCGACAAGGCAAACCCGCUGGCUAGCUACUUCACAACGAAUAGCGAUUCCCGUGGUAUCCAAAGCACACCAGAUGGAUGGCCCUGUGCAGCCUAUCUAGAGCAAAAGUCUAACAAAAGACUAUUACUUGGAUGGGGCUCAAUUGAUGAUCAGAUGGAGAAUUAUUAUUUCGACACCGAUGCGUCAUUUGUCUUCGGGGCAAACGAAGUGGUGUCUAACAUUAGCACCACAAUUUCUUCAGAUGACAGAGGGAUACAGUCUGGGUGCCUCUAUGAUGAUAACAUAACGCAAGUUUCAAAUGUCAAUGCUUCUUGGGCUGCCUCAAUACCAGCCAACGUCAACCUUGGCGCUACCGUGGACAAUUUCGCGUUGUUGCUAAACCUCACCUCCUGCGGCAUAUCUCCAAUCAUCGACCAGCCACUGGGCGAUGGACUAGCCAGCACCAAUAUUGAUCCAUAUCGGAAUUUGUCCAUGUCGACUAUGUGGUCGUGGGAUAUUGGGGAGCCUCGAAACGCAUCGGAUACCCCCGAAUUGGAAAACGCUUCUACGUUUCGAUGUGCUGUCAUGGAUGCUAACUCGCAAGGACAUUGGAGGGCUGGGAAUUGCUCCGAUGAACAUCGCGCCGCAUGCCGUAUAGACAACCGGCCGUAUUCAUGGAUCCUUUCCCCAAAUGCAACGUCUUUCUCUGACUCCACGGAUGGGUGCCCAGAGAAUUCUUCGUUUGAUGUGCCUCGCACGGGACUGGAGAACACAUACCUCUACCAUACUGCUAUGUCUGCAGUCGGCGAGGCAAGUGAUGAACUAGUAUGGCUCAAUUUUAACUCGAUCGAGAUUCAAUAUUGCUGGGUCUAUGGAGGCUCCAACGCUUCUUGUCCCUACAGCCCCGGCGCAAAUGACGUCGAGCGAAGAAUGAUCCUGGUUCCCACAGUCGCCGCGUUUGUAGUGCUCAUCAUUACAGCCCUGACAUUGUUUAUCAAAUGCAAUUCCAACCGACGGGUUUCGCGCAAACGAAAAAGGGUUAUUGAGGGCUGGGAGUACGAGGGCGUUCCAUCAUAUUCUGCUGCAAUGGCACCCGACCUGAACUCUCUUCCUCCUUCUCGAUCGUCGACAUCGUCCCCGCUCAACACUCGCAACUUGCCAUCUACCAUGGAGGGACACAGCAGUAACAACGGAGCUUCGCCGGUGGUAUUGUCUCAGUCGCCGGUUGCUGCCCCCAUUAAUAUCGCUGAUUUAUCGCAUCGCUCGUCUCUGAGCGGCCAUCUCGGCUCCCCGCGGAGCAACCGGCCUUCAAUAUCAGAAGGUCGCCGCCGCUCAGGUAUCGGGAUGCAUCUCAACUUGAACGAUCCUCCUGGUGCGGAUCAUCGUGAGCACCGUUCUUCAUCGAUUAGCAAUUAUCUCCGCAACGCCAGCCCUUCCAGCUUGGGUGGCAGUCCGAUUAUUGGAACUGGGGACCCGCACCACCAACGUGCGCCGUCGCUGGGAGAGCUGCAUCAGGAGCUUGAACAAGAGCAGGAAGCUCAGGUGCCUACAUCGGCCAUAGAUCCCGUACACGGCAGCUUUAGCUCGGACUGGUCUGUUGUAGGCGAGUCUGCGGUCCCAGCGACCCGUCGAAGCAGCCGCGAUGAAGGCUCUUUUUACCAGGCCGAAGCUGCCAUGCUCACCAGGGAAAACCAGAUGCUCCGCAUGCGUAUAAGAGAACUCGAGCGCCAACUAUCCGGUCUGUCCUCUGCAAGUAAUGAUUCCAAUGAAGCUGGUAGGCCUGGUGGAAACACAAGUUCCGCUGAUGAUUCGAGCGCUUCGGCCGAGGCUGUGGAGAAGACAUGA